UUUAGUUGUCCAGACGAGACACCAACAUGGCUGCCGAAGUUGCGGAGUCGCAUGGCGGAACCCUGAGCAUCCCUGUGGACAGCGACACGGCGUACCAGGGCGUAAAUACCCCAGGUGUCGGCAAGCCUACGCCCAAAGACGAGCCACCGAAGAAGUUGGCUCCACUUUCCAAGCUGUUUCAGUACGCCGACGCGACCGACGCGUGGCUCAUCCUGCUCGGAUCGAUCUGUGCGGCGGGCGCAGGGUUCUCCCAACCGCUGCAGAUUUUGCUGUUUGGCAACAUACUGAACUCGUUCAACCCGCCCCCGAGCAAUCUUGUGUUAACACAGGCAGAACUUGACGUCCUCAACGCGCAAAUGUCCAAAGGCAUCAACGAGAUCGCGCUCAAGUUUGUGUGGGUGGGGCUCGGGGUCAUGGUGUGUGGGUUUGGCCAGGUGGCGUGCUGGUCGAUCACCGCCAGUCGCCAGGGGAAGCGCAUCAAACAAGAGUACAUCCAAGCGAUUUUGCGGCAGGAAAUUGGCUGGUUUGACGUGAACAACCCCAUGGAGUUGGCGACCAAAGUCGCGGACACGACACUCAUCAUCCAGGAUGGCAUCGGCCGCAAGGUCGGCGAUGGCAUCAACUUCAUCGCGAUGGGGGUUGGCGGCAUCACCAUCGGCGUGGUCAAGGGUUGGAAACUCGCGCUCGCGCUCUUGGGUUUCACGCCUUUGAUUGCAUUAACGGCCUUCCUCAUGGUCAAGACGCUCUCCACGGCGGUCCAGGCGUCUGUGACGGCGUACGGCGCGGCGGGGGGCGUGGCCGAAGAGUCGCUGUCCAACAUCCGCACGGUGCAAAUGUUCAACUCGAUGGCUACGUUUGCUGACAAGUACAAGACGGCGCUCGUCGCAACCGAAAAAGCAGGCAUCAAGAAGGGGUUGGCGGUUGGUAUCGGCACGGGAUCCAUGUUCGGUAUGAUCUUCAUGACGUAUGCGUUUGGGAUGUGGUACGGCGCUGUGCAAGUCGCGACCGAUCAGCUAACAUUGCCCAAGUGCACCGAGAGCUGCUACGACGGAGGCCGCGUCCUCACGGUGUUCUUUACCAUCAUCAUGAGUGCCAUGGCGCUGGGCCAAGCCGGACCAAGUAUCCAAGCGGUGUUUUCCGCCCGAGCGGCGGCGGCGAUCGUGUUUGACAUGAUCGAGCGACCGUCGCUGGUGGAUGCCACGUCAGCACACGGCAGCACGUUGCCGUCCGUGGAAGGCGACAUUCAACUGGAUCGCAUUGGGUUUCACUACCCCGCACGCCCUGAAGUCCAAGUGUGCAAAGGGUACUCGCUGCACAUCAAAGCCGGGGAAAAAGUCGCUCUUGUCGGCCCCAGCGGCAGCGGCAAGUCGACGAUCGUGUCGCUGUUAGAACGUUACUACGACCCGCUGGAAGGCGUGGUGAAGCUAGACGGACACGACCUCAAGAUGCUCAAUGUCAAGUGGCUUCGGGCCCAAGUCGGACUCGUCGGCCAAGAGCCGUCGCUGUUUUCGUGCUCGAUUGCCGACAACAUCCGAUACGGCAAGCCAGAUGCGUCAUUGGAAGACGUGUAUGCGGCUGCCAAGCAAGCCAACGCCUACGACUUUAUCUCGGGGUUUCCGCAAGGCUUUGACACGCAAGUGGGGGAGCGCGGGGUGCAACUGUCUGGCGGGCAGAAACAACGCAUUGCGAUUGCCCGAGCGAUUAUCAAGAACCCGGCGGUGCUGCUUCUGGAUGAAGCCACGAGUGCGCUGGACACGGAGAGUGAGCGCAUUGUGCAAGCGUCGCUGGAUGCGCUGCUGGCGUCUCGGAAGCGCACGACCAUCAUCAUUGCCCAUCGACUGUCUACGAUUCGAGAUGCUGAUCGCAUUGUCGUGUUGAGCGGGGGCAGCGUGGUGGAGGAAGGCAGCCACGGCGACCUCAUGAGUCGACCUAAUAGCCAGUACAAGGCUCUCGUCGAAGCUCAGCAGCGCCCUGCCCCAUCCAGCCCCACUAAGAUUGAAACCGUUCAAUCGUUUGACGACGAAAAGGGGGCAGUGUCUGCACCAGCCAAGAAACCCGUUGACGGUGCCUCUGGAGGUGGGGAUGCGGUCGUGGUCGCUUCAGCAUCUGGUGACGUGGCAGGCGGAGAUGUGAAAACAGUCCCUUUAAGUCGCAUUUGGAAACUCAACGCCCCCGAGGUGUGGUACAUCGUGCUCGGGUCCGUGGGUGCUCUCAUCAAUGGCGCCGUGUUCCCUGUGUGGGGGCUUCUACUCACCAACGUCACAGUGCUGUUCUUCAACUACUCGCUCACGGCAGACGGCAUGAAGGCCGAAGCCAUCAAGUGGUCACUCGCAUUUGUGGGGCUAGGGAUCACGUUUGCGGUCGCCGUGUCGAUCCAGUACUAUGGAUUCACUGUCGCCUCCGAGAGACUCACGAGGCGGUUGCGGGAAAUGGGGUAUCAGUCCAUGCUGCACCAGGACGUCGGCUGGUUCGACAAGCAGUCGUCUGGCGCGCUCACGACGAUGCUGGCCACAGACUCUGCGAUCAUUCAGGCCAUGACGUCCGAGACGAUGAACCGAGGGUUCGUCAACCUCGCGACACUCUCAGUGGCGUUUUCAAUCGGGUUUUACUACAGUUGGCAGAUGACCCUGGCCAUGAUUGGUGUGUUUCCCAUCUUGGGCGCGGCGUCGUACGUGCAGAUGCAAAUGAUGUCGGGGCACAACAAGAAGCUCAACGACGGCGACGUCAAGGCGGGCGCGCUCCUCUCGGAAGCGAUCAAUUCGAUCCGUACCGUCGCGUCGUUCACGCUCGAGUCGCAAGUGCACAAUCAGUACGUCGGACAUUUGGACCUGUCGGCGUCCAAGGAUGUCAAGACGGGGCUGGCGGGGGGCACGGGGUUUGGGGUGAGCCAGGGCGUGAUGUUUUUUGCGAUCGCGUUUUUGUUUUGGUUUGGCGGGUGGCUCAUCGUGAACAACCUCGUCGACUUUAAAGGCAUGUUCCUCGUGCUCAUGUCGAUCAUGCUGAGUACAUUCGGCGUGGGCCUUGCAGCUCAAAACAUGUCGGACAGCGUCAAGGCCAAGGAGGCAGCGUCCCGGCUCUUUGACACGAUCGACCGCGUUCCCCCCAUCGACUGCGCCAACUCGACCGGCGAUACCCUGCCAAGCGUUCGCGGGGAGCUCGAGUUUGUCCAGCUCAAGUUUGCCUACCCCAGUCGCCCCCAUGCGUUCAUUUACAACGGGUAUUCGCUCAAGGUGCCCAGUGGGGCCACAGUCGCCCUUGUGGGGGCCAGCGGGUGCGGGAAAAGUACCGCAAUCGCCCUCUUGGAGCGCUUUUACGACCCCCUCGAAGGCCAAGUGCUGCUAGACGGUGUGGACAUUCGCACACUAAACCUGCAAUGGCUGCGCCAACACAUCUCUCUCGUUGGCCAAGAACCUGUGCUAUUUGCAGGCACCAUUGCCGACAACAUUGCGUCUGGCAAGGCGGGGUCGACGCUAGCUGACGUCCAGGACGCAGCCAAGAAGGCCAACGCCCACGAUUUUAUCAUGCAGUUCCCAGACAACUACAAUACCCAAGUGGGGGAUCGAGGCAUUCAAGUGUCGGGGGGGCAGAAGCAGCGCAUUGCGAUUGCGCGGGCGAUUCUAAGGGAUCCGGCGGUGCUGCUCCUGGACGAGGCCACAAGUGCCCUCGACAACGAGAGCGAGCGCAUCGUGCAAGCCAGUUUGGACGCGCUGCUGCAGCUUAAACGCCGCACGACCAUCAUUGUGGCCCAUCGGUUGUCCACGAUUCGUAACGCAGACAUCAUUGCCGUGACCGCCGACGGGAAGAUCGUCGAACAAGGCACCCACGACGAACUCAUGGCCAUCCCAAAGGGCAAAUACGUCAAUUUGGUCCAACGCCAAGUGGGCAUCAACUAAAUACGUAGUAGACUCGAUGCAAUGGAACGACGAAUAGUACAUGUACCGCCGCGGGUUGAUGCUGGCGAUAGAGCUUAAUUAGUGUGAACAAGGUCGAGGACCUGUGAGUAUAAGCGGUAAAAAUAGCCUUCCAUCCAA